AAAAGGUAAGAAACAUGAAACGAAACCCGUCGUCGAUAUUUGAUGAGAAAGAACUCAAAUAAGAGACUCAGCUGCGAGUUUGUCGGACCCUUUGUUAGCUACAAAGACACCCCAACACAGAAGCAGAACAGGAAGACAGUAGAGAUAGAUAGUGGUCAUCUUUCAGUCUGAAUUGGUUGGUUGAUCGGUCUAAAGGGAUCCAAUGGCUGAGGAGCGAAUAAAUUUUGAAGAGGAGGAAUACGGAGGUGCUCAGAAGCUCCAGUAUCAGGGAAGUGGAGCCAUUCCUGCUCUUGCAGAUGAAGAACCGAUGGUGGAAGAUGAUGAGUACGACGAUCUCUAUGAUGAUGUUAAUGUUGGAGAGGGAUUCCUGCAAAUGCAUCGAUCUGAGGCACCAGCCCCUGCUGGUGGUGUUGGGAAUGGUGGACUCCAGCCUCAGAAAACUGAUGCUCCCCAACAAAGAGUUCAAGCUGGUGCUUCUCAGGGAAUGAAUAUUCCGGGGAUUUCAGUUGGAGGAAACUAUAAUACUGUUCCUGAACAGAAGGUUCAGCCACCAGUGGCUAAUGUGCCUGAAACUCAAGUCAGGCAUAUGGGGUUGCCCUCAAAUGUUGGUGCUCAUUCUUUGGAAGCUACUGCAAAAUUUGCUAAUGAGCCUCUUCCAUCAAUGAACUCUGGCACUACUGGUCCUUCAGCUGUUACACAGGUGCCUGCUAAUCAAAUGAAUAUGACAGUCAAUCUUAAUCGUCCAAUGGUUAAUGAAAACCAAAUCCAUCCUCCAAUGGAAAAUGGUCCAACCACACUGUUUGUGGGUGACUUGCAUUGGUGGACAACUGAUGCUGAACUUGAAAGCGUUUUAUCUCAGUUUGGAAGGGUGAAGGAAAUUAAGUUUUUUGAUGAAAGAGCCAGUGGUAAAUCCAAAGGUUACUGUCAGGUAGAUUUUUAUGAUCCAGCAGCUGCCAGUGCAUGCAAAGAGGGAAUGGAUGGUUAUGUUUUCAAUGGGAGAGCUUGUGUUGUAGCGUUUGCUUCUUCACAAACUUUGAAGCAGAUGGGCGCUAAUUACGUUAAUAAAUCCCAAGGGCAGGUUCAGACUCAGCCUCAAGGGAGAAGGCCCAUGAAUGAUGGUUCUGGGAGAGGGGGAAAUGUGAAUUUUCAAGGUGGAGACACCGGGAGAAAUUUCGGGAGGGGUAAUUGGGGACGAGGUGGACAGGGAGUACCCAACAGAGGUCCUGGUGGACCAGGCCGGGGAAGAGCAGGGGCCAUGGGUGCAAGGAACAUGGUUGGAAACAAUGCUGGGGUUGGAACUGGUGCUAACGGAGGAGGCUAUGGACAGGGCCUAACAGGUCCUGGUUUUGGUGGUCCUGUGGGAGGUAUGAUGAAUGCACCUGGUAUGAUGGGUCCUGGGUUUGAUCCAACAUAUAUGGGUCGAGGAGGUGGUUACGGAGGAUUCCCUGGUCCUGGUUAUCCUGGAAUGCUUCCUCAAUUUCCUGGUGCUAAUCCAAUGGGAUUUGCUGGGGUUGCUCCUCAUGUAAACCCAGCAUUCUUUGGGAGGGGAAUGGCAACAAAUGGCAUGGGAAUGAUGGGUUCUUCUGGAAUGGAAGGGCAUCAUGCUUCUAUGUGGAAUGAUCCAAGUAUGGCUGGGUGGGGAGGAGAAGAACAGGAUCGAAGAACAAGGGAGUCAAGUUAUGGGGGUGAUGAUGGUGGUUCUGAGUAUGGGAACUAUGUUGAGGCAAGCCAUGAGAAAUCAGCCAAGCCAAGUGCUGUCUCAAGGGACAGAGAACGAGAUUCUGAGCGCGAGUGGACUGGAUCCUCUGAGAGGAGGCAUCGUGAUGAGAGGGAGCAAGACUUGGACAGGUCUGAGAGGGAGCACAGGGAGCCUAGGUACAAAGAAGAAAAAGAUAGUUACAGAGACCAUCGUCGAAGAGAGCGAGAUGUGGGCUAUGAUGAUGACUGGAACCGAGGGCAAUCUUCUUCAAGACCUCGCAGCAGGUCCAAAGCAGUGCCGGAAGAUGAUCAUCGUUCUCGGUCAAGGGAUGUGGAUUAUGGGAAGAGGAGAAGAUUGCCAUCUGAGUGACACGAGUAAUGAUUUUUGUUUAUUUGGCGUCUUUUAGACUUCAGAAAAUGGCUCCUCAACCAUAGUGGUAUCUUGCCUUUAAUAGCUACUGUGCUACUGCAUCUUCAUCUGUGGUGGCCCCAAGUCCUAACACUGCUUCUUGAUGGAGAAGUAAGUUCUACCAGUGUGCAUAGAAGGGAAUGAUCAGUUCCCCCUUUCUUUCAUUUCAUUUUCUACAGAACAUUUAGCUCUGUGAAUUAAUGUGUGCUAAAAAAAACAGUAACUUAUAGUAGCAUACCAGUGGAGAAUAGCUGUGGAGGUUUUGACACUUGAUCCUGCAGCUAUUUAUCUUCUUGGUUAAAUAACUAUGCUACAUAUUUCUUCUAGACAUUGUUUAAUUAGGUUUUGUGGUAUUUAGUGUGAAAGUUUCUUGUUUCUUUGUGGUAAUGGGAGUUUUCUAGUUUUAUUUAAUUUAAAAGAAUUGCCUAUUGCUUGA